GCACUUGUAUUCUGUCAAUGUUUGCCGCUAAAGCCGGUGCAUCUAAAGUGCUUUCUGUAGACAAAUCUAACAUUAUCCAUAGAGCAAAGGAUAUUGUAGAGGAGAAUAAAUUAGAUAAUGUGAUCACCGGCAGGGUAGAAGACGUUGUUCUUCCUGUACAAAAAGUUGACAUUAUAAUAUCAGAAUGGAUGGGUUAUUUCCUUUUUUUUGAAGGUAUGCUCGACUCUUUGAUUGUUGCGCGUGAUCGCUUACUUGCACCGGACAGAAUUAUUGCGCCUAGUCAUUGCCGUCUUUUAUUCGCUGCUAUUGAAGAUGAUGAACUUUUUAACGAUACUUUUAAUUUUUUGAAUGAUGUUUAUGCAAUGAAACGUCCAAUUUAUACAAGUGCUAUUAUAGAUCAUGUAACAUCAGAUGCACUUAUUUCCAAUACAGUUUCAAUUAAAGAAGUUCCUCUUCAUACAAUUCGUAAAUCUCAAUUGGAUUUCACUUCGCCGUUCACAUUAGAAAUAUCACGUGAUGGUACUGUUCAUGGAUUCUUGGGUUAUUUUGAUACCUGGUUUACACGUGACGGCCAUUAUAUUCCAUUAUCGCAGAAUGUGAAUGAUAAGAUUGAUGGCAUUACUAGUUUUACAACUGGGCCGCAAGGUGGGGUUACACAUUGGAGGCAGACGAUAUUUUUCCUCGAACAUGGAAUUCAUGUUAAGAAGGGUACAACGAUAGUUGGUACAAUUGAUUGUCGUAAGAGUAUAGAAAAUUAUCGCGAUCUUGAUUUCGAAAUAU